ACUGGUUAAAAAUAAUGGUCAGAAAGGGGGUAUUGUCAUAGGGAGUUAGGUACACUGGACUGGACAACAUGGGUGGACGUUAGGGGGAAUACAAAGCUAAGGGUACCCAGGCUAUACCCAUGGUAACACCUAAGAACUGUACAUAAAUACUCUUACAGACUCCUGUCUGUUAGGCUGAUUGGAGGGACUCUACAUGGAAUGAAUUAUACACUGUUGAUGAUGUUUCAAGUAAUUUAAGGCAUUGGACUGUCUGAACUUUAUAAGGUGCUCACUGAAUGAGAAAUACCAGAACACAACCAAUGCUGGUAAACUUCAACUGCUAUUCAUCUAAGGACUUAAGUAAUCAUUAAUGAAAGUGUCAUCAUCUAUAUUUUUUCGAACUCAUUAAGUAGUUCUACUGAGGAUAACACGAUGGUCAAUCUGGCUAACGUAACAACUGAUAUACUAAGUAAAGUGACAACCACAGAAAUGACCACUUCACACAAAAUGACCGCAGGUGAAUAUGAAAAAAUAUUUUUUCGGAUAAAGCUGUGGAAGAUUUGUCACGGGUACAUUAUGUUUAUCCUGAUAGUACUGGGAGUUGUGGCAAACAUUCUAGCGUUUAUCAUCUUGUCUCGAAAAUCUGUGAGGAGAACGACAAUUGCAGUCUACCUCCGCGCCUUGUCAUUGGCUGAUACUUUCGUGCUCAUCACUGCAUUUUUCCGUUACAACACCUACAAGCUGUUCUUGACAGAGGCGCAAGAUACGUACACUGUCCUGCACUAUAGUGCUUACUUAAAUACCUAUGUGGAACCAUUUCAUUGGAUAGCCCUUGGUGUGUCCAGCUUUGUGACCUUGACCUUGUCCAUAGAGAGGUUUUUGGCAAUCAGGUACCCACUGACCAUCAAACGGUCAUGCACACCAUUUCUAGUGAGGGUAUGUAUAACUGGAAUAGUUGCCAUUGUAGUUAUCCUCACCUCACCAAACUUUUUCUCAUUUCGAGUACAGGAAUUCCACAUCACCAACACCUCCAGUAUCUAUGUCCGCGUGAUGACAAAGUUAGGACGCGACACUCUCUACCCCUGUUCCUACCAUAUCUACGUCAUCCCUCUCCUCUGGUACAUCCUUCCAUGGAUCAUCCUCACCAGUCUCAACCUCCUUCUCUACCUCCAGGUCAGACGGUCGGCAAGGAUACGGGUCGGCCUGCCAAAUAUCCCCAACCCAAACAGAAACCUCUCCAUUCUCAUCCUACUCAUUGUUAUCAUCUACAUGGUGUGUAACUUUCCCAUUUCGAUCAUGGUCUUUUACAAGCUUGUAAAUCACAUGUCCGAGAAUGGAAUGUGUAUCAAGGAAACUACAACACUGACAUCAACAACGUCUAAAGAGUUUGACAUUAUCAAUGCCAUCACGGAGAUUCUGAACAUCCUCAACAGUUGUCUCAACAUCGUUGUGUACUGUAUGGUAGGCACCAAGUUCAGACGGCAGCUCCGUGACUUUUUAUUUUGUACGUUGUGUAAACCAGUCAACAAAGUCAGCCCUCAGAGAGUGUUUACCACAGGGAGAGAAUCAAACACUGUUGUGGAGAGCACAGGGUCCUCGUAAAUCAGUGUUUACCACAGGGAGAGAAUCUAACACUGUUGUGGAGAGCACAGGGUCCUCGUAAAUCAAAGGUAAAGAAUACGGCACUUAAGUAAAGGUUCCUCACAGACACAAAGGUUAUUGGAGAGUACCUUUACACUCCAAACAGGGAAAAAGGUAGAAGUACUAGAACCUAUAUAUACAGAAACAGGAAAACAGAUAACACAGGAAAAUGUCACAGAGAUACGGAUAAUGGUAAAUACAAACGAACUACAUAAGAUCCCAGAUAUAAAUGUGAAUUAUUCUUAAAGAGUGCUUUAGAUACAGAUGUGGAUUAUUCUUUAAUUAAGAGUGCUAGAUACAGAUGUGGAUUAUACUUUAAUUGUACUAUAGACACAUGUGUGAAAGUAUCCAAAUCUUUAAAUGCUGAAAUAUCUUAUAUUGUAAAAAUUUAACAUGGACAAAUAUGGCAGUAAUUAUUUCCAAAAUACUGAAUUCAGUAUCAAUACUGAACACUUUCACCCAUGUUAAGAUACAGAUGUGGAUUAUUCUUUAAGAGUGCUAUAUAUACAGAUGUGGAUUUUCUUUACUAAAACGAAUAGAUACAGAUGAUUGUGGAGUUCCAGGUCAACUCCCUAAAACAUAGAUAUGUGAAACUAGCACUAGAUCUCAAAGACAUUUAAUGUUUGACCAGAUAUGGGAUAAUUUGUGAAAAUUAUGUGGUAUGUUAUUUGAGAGAUUGUGCAAAGGUUGACAUCUAUAAAAUACAUAGAUCUACUGUAAUAUGGUAUUUUUAUCACAUAAUUGACCUGUUAUCCAAUGAAUUUGCCCAUGUUUUAUUUUUGCAUAAUUCACAAGUCUAAUACAGUAAACAUGGUUAUUUUUGCGGAGGGUUAAUUUCGUGAUUUUGAUAUGCAAUCUAUACACGUGGGGGUAAUUUUUGCGAUCAAUCAACCCAUUUGUAUUUCGAAAUUAGGCAAAUUUAUAUAACAAGAGGCCCAUGGGCCUUAACGGUCACCUGAGUUAUGAUAUAGUUUAGCAUAUUUGGCCCCUGUGACC